AUUCAAUUGCGCGCAAAACCUUCGACGGCAACGGUUGUGUCGCUCCGUGCCGCCUCUGUCUGAAGUGACCAAGUUCUGUUAUUUCCAGUGUUCCUGGCGGAGAUCUAUCCUCUGUCUGGCCACAAGUCGAACAUCGUUUUAUAUUUUUAAAAUGUUUUAAAAGCUUAAGCCAAAGCAAAACGAUCGUGUGGUAAGACUCUGUAAAACUGUUAAAUUUUGUGUUUGUGCCGCGUCUUUCUAUAUUUGAUAACUGUAGAACAGAACCGUUAGAACAAAGUGCCCUUUCGCCCUCCUCCAAAAAAGGGAGAAAUCAGUAAUCAGUGACAAGCAAAAAGAGUAAAGCGGAAUAGAGAUCCAAGAAUGUGCCAAAAACAACAAUUUGAGUGCUUAGCAGCACUAUGGGUGCGCCGGCGAUGAUCUUGAACUCGGCUCAACUCCCCAGUGCGCAGGCAGCCUAACGGUGCAUCGGCAAGUGCAGUUGCUUUUGCAACGAGAGGGGCAGGGAGGCCGAGAAAGAGAGAGAGAGAGAGAAGGCAGCGCCAUUGCAUUUCUUUUGAUUGCUUGUGUAUCAUCUUUGGGGAUCUCUUCUCGUCCGCCUCCACCUUCCACCGCCUUCGCUUUGGCGCAAAAAACAUUUUCGUCGCCGCCGAAAUGGUUUUUCGCUAAUUUUUUGGCCGCUGGAACUCUGAAGAUCGCGAGGAUGCACUCCCAAAAGAAUUGUCAUGUUUUGCUGAACUAAAAGGAGAAUAUAGCUGAAACUAUACAAAGGAAAAUCAAAUACCAUUUUCAUGUAUAUGGAACAAGUGAUCAUUAAAAGGGAAGAAGAAACUCAUUCGCCAGUGCCCAUGGAACAAGACAUGCAAUUGCCAGCACAAGCGCCAAAGGGACGCGGACGUCCUCGCGCCUCGUAUGCGCAAACGGGCGAAUUCGAUGUUGGCCUAAUACGUGAGUUUCGCGCCCGGCCAGUGCUGUACGAUCGCUCGUGCAAACGCCACAAGGACAAACAGCACGUGGCCGAACAAUGGAUGCAGAUCUCGCACAAGCUCGGCUACGAUGUUCCCGUUCUGAAGGAGCGCAUGCUGAACCUGAGGAACCGCUACAACAUUGAGAAGCGCCGCAUCGAGUGCGGCGUGGCCACACAUAACUCGCAAUGGCCGCAAUUCGAGAGCCUUCAGUUCCUGGCCAAUCACAUUCGCAGCCGGCGCAGCUUCAAGCAUGUGAGCAAGUAUUGCGAUGACACCUUCGACGGAGGCAUGAGCGACAGCAAUGGCCAGGGGGCGAGCUUCAAGGAUGAUCAGGAGGAGGACGAGUUUGACCACGAUCAAUCGCUGCCAGUGACCACAGUGCUGACCAUUCCGAUCAACUCACCGCAUGACGGCAUCUAUUCGACAAGGAGCCAGCGGCAGAUGCUGAAUGGCAAUAAUGCCAACAAGGCCAACACCAAUGGCAGAAGCUACAGCUUGCCGAGUCGCCAGCAGGCGCUUGUCAUCAGUAAAGUCACCGCAGCCGCAGCCGCAGCCCCCAAAAAGGGAGAAAACGAAGACGAGCAGGAGGAGUCGGAGGAGCCACCAGCCAAACGCAGAGCUGAUGAGUCGCGAUCCCACCAACCCACAGUGUCCAUCCCCACAGAGCCAUCAGCACCCACGACUUCCAAUGCGUAUGCCAAGUUCCAUGGCUUUGGCGAGUUCAUGGCCCACUCUCUCUCCGAAUUGCCGCUGCAAAACGCCUUGCUUUUGGUACAGAAGUUCACCAGCGACCUGGUUCAGAGCACCAUUCGCAGUCAGAAAGCAGCCAAACAGAAGGAGUGUACCGAUCAUGGCAGUGAUUCGGAAGUCGAAGAUUAGAAUUAGUUACAAUUUCAUUUCAUACACGGAUGGGGUGCCUCUAUCCAUAAUCCAAGCUACAUAAAUGGGAUUCUGGCAGAACGAAUCACCAUUUAUGCACUUGUGCGAAACUAA